ACUAUUAGUACUAGCACGGGUGUACGUGUGUUUCAUCGUUCAAUAAUUAGUUGUUUAUUAUUAAAAUUAUUUAUGUGUUGAAUUAUAUUGAAUUAAAUCAUGUUUUUAUAUUUUGUUACAAUACAGUAAUUAUACUAGAGUCUGGAAUAAUCAUAAAUAAUUUUAAUAAAGUUUUUGAUUUUAAGUAAAGUUAAAAACAUUUUAUAGGUAAAUGAUAUUACAAGUUUAAGAACUCCAGAACCUGAACUCAUAUAUCAUUUACAAUGCAAAAUAAAAGACAAAAAUUAGAAUCCAGCAGAGGUGAAACAUGUAAAAUAUCGUCUUAUACAGAGACCUUUGAAGUGUUACAAACAUUGCGCAAAGAUGGGUUUUUUUGUGACGUUAAACUAAAAACAGACGAUAACAAAAUAAUAAUCGCACAUAAAGUGGUUUUGGCAUCGGCUAGUCCAUAUUUCUAUGCAAUGUUCACCAAAUUUUCAGAAAAGAAUACUGAACUUGUCGUAAUGAGAGAGAUAGACUCAACCGCUUUACAGAUGUUGGUAAACUUUAUAUAUUCGGGGGCUAUCGAGGUCACCAAAGAAAAUGUCCAGAUUUUAUUACAAGCUGCAAAUAUCUUGCAGUUACAAGAAGUAAAAGACGUAUGUUGUGAUUUAUUAGAGUCACAACUCUGCCCAAAAAAUUGUAUUGGUAUAAACGCAACAGCUGAUACAUAUGACUGUACAAAAUUGAUAACGAGUUCAGAAUUAUAUAUUCAGCAGCACUUUUCAGAAGUUGUUGGUGGUGACGAAUUCCUAUCUUUAUCAUCGGAACAAGUGGUUAAAUUGAUCUCCAGUGAUAAAAUUAUAGUUCCAUCCGAAGAAGAAGUAUUUGAAAGUGUUAUUCGUUGGGUAAAACAUGAGUUGGGUUCAAGAAAAUGUAUUUUACCCCAAUUAAUGGAACACGUACGUUUACCUUUAACAUCGAAGAAUUACAUAUUAAAUAAAGUAGUUGAGGAACCUCUUAUUAAGAAUUGUUUAAAAUGUAAAGAUUACAUAAGUGAGGCAUUAAAUUGUCAUAUAUUCAAUUCAGAGCUUAUUCCACAAAACAUCCGGAAUAAACCUAGACAUGGAGAUAAAGUUUUAUUAUCUAUUGGUGGAGUUGAUAUUGAAUUGAGAAAUCGUACAAAAUGGUACGAUCCAAAAACGGAACAAUGGCAUUUUGGACCAGAACUGCUUACAAUCCGUCACCGAGGUUGUGCAGCAGUAGUUAACGAUAAUUUAGUGUUUACUGUUGGUGGUUCCGCAGAAUAUUGUGAUACUCUUCGGUCUGUCGAAGUGCUUGAUUUGUCUUCGGAAUCACUCUGUUGGAGACCAAGUGUUGAAAUGUUAGUUGAACGAGAUGCUUUGGGAGUUGGUGUUAUCAAUAAUGACAUAUAUGCCGUCGGUGGAUGGAAUAUUUUUGAUGAUUCAUUAUCUAAUGCAGAAGUUUUUGACAUCCAUACUCAAGAAUGGCGUAUGAUAUCAAGUAUGUCUACUGCAAGAUCCUAUCACGGGGUAGGAGUCCUGAAUAAUAUUUUAUUUGCGGUAGGGGGACAUAACAAAUUAUCACAGGCUUUAGACACUGUGGAAUGUUACGAUCCCAGUCUCGAUACAUGGACACCCGUCGCAAAAAUGUCUGUGUGUCGCGAUGGUGUUGGAGCAGGAGUUUUAGACGGUGUACUGUAUGCUGUGGGUGGUAAAGAUGGAUCAAAAGCUCUGAGUAGUGUUGAAGCAUACAGACCAAGUACGGGAGUUUGGAGUACUAUUGCGGACAUGCAUAAGCCUCGAAGACAAGCAGGAGUUGUUGCAUUAAACGGUUUAUUGUAUGUCAUUGGUGGACUCGACGACACUUUUUUUGUGCAUUCUAUAGAAUUUUACAGCCCUGAAACCAAUUCCUGGACAAUAGUCGCAGCGUCAACGGAAUUUUUACAUACUUCAGCAGGAGUAGCAGCCAUUAACAGGCAUCGAAAUUUUAAAAGUCAAUAGCAUUCAUGAUUUUUCCUUGAUACAAUAAAUAAAUGAUUUCGUAUAUUGUUACAUUGUA